AGCCCGGCAGAGACCUCACCGUGGGGGGCGGAGUUGCCUGCGCUCCACCAGCCCCUGAGGCCAUGGCCCCUUCUUAAGCCCGCGGAGCCUCUGGCCGCCUCGCCGGCCUCUCCCGCCUUCCCCCCCCCCCACCCCAGCACCAUGGCUUCAGCACUGAGCUAUGUCAACAAGUUCAAGUCCUUCGUGAUCUUGUUCGGCACCCCGAUCCUGCUGCUGCCGCUCAUCAUCCUGGUGCCCACCAAGUUUGCCAGGUGUGCCUACGUCAUCAUCGUCAUGGCCACUUACUGGUGCACAGAAGUCAUCCCUCUGGCUGUCACUGCCCUCUUACCUGUCUUGCUUUUCCCACUCCUCAAGGUUCUGGACUCCAAGCAGGUGUGUGUCCAGUACAUGAAGGACACUAACAUGCUGUUCCUGGGAGGCCUCAUCGUGGCUGUGGCUGUGGAGCGCUGGAACCUGCACAAGAGGAUCGCCCUGCGCACACUCCUCUGGGUGGGGACCAAGCCUGCACAGCUGAUGCUGGGCUUCAUGGGUGCCACCGCCUUCCUCUCCAUGUGGAUCAGCAACACAGCCACCACAGCCAUGAUGGUGCCCAUUGUGGAGGCCGUGCUGCAGCAGAUGCAGGCCACGAGCACAGCCAACGAGGCUGGCCUGGGUGCCCUGGAGCUGGUGGACAAGGGCAAGACCAGUGAGCUGCCAGGGAGCCAAGUGAUUUUUGAAGGCCCUGCUAUGGGGCCACAGGAGAAUUGUGACAGGAAGAGCAUGUGCAAGGCCAUGACACUGUGCGUGUGCUACGCGGCCAGCAUCGGAGGCACUGCCACCCUGACCGGGACAGGACCCAACGUGGUGCUCUUGGGCCAGAUGCACGAACUGUUUCCUGGUAGCAAAGACACUGUGAACUUUGCCUCCUGGUUUGGAUUCGCCUUUCCCAACAUGGUGAUCAUGCUGCUGCUUGCUUGGUUUUGGCUCCAGUGUAUUUUCAUGGGAUUCAAUUUUAAAAAGGUUUGGGGCUGUAGUCUGGAGAAAAAGAAUAGCGAGAAAGCUGCCUACGAGAUGUUACAGGAAGAGUACAGGAAGCUGGGACCCUGCUCUUUCGCUGAGAUCAACGUCCUGCUCUGUUUUCUCCUGCUGGUCACCCUGUGGUUCUCCCGGGACCCAGGCUUCAUGCCUGGCUGGAUGUCAGUCGCCUGGAUGGAGGGCGAGACAAAGUAUGUCACCGACGCCACCGUGGCCAUCUUCGUGGCCAUAUUGCUAUUCAUUGUGCCUUCGCAGAAGCCCAAGUUCAACUUCUGCAAGCAGACUGAGGAAGAAAGGAAGACUCCAUUUUAUCCGCCUGCACUGCUGGAUUGGAAGGUGACCCAGGAGAGAGUUCCCUGGGGCAUUGUGCUGCUUCUGGGAGGUGGAUUUGCUCUGGCUAAAGGAUGUGAGGCCUCAGGGCUAUCUGAAUGGAUGGGGAAGCAGAUGGAGCCCUUGCACGUUCUGCCCCCAGCAGCCAUCUCCUUGAUCUUGUCCUUGCUCAUUGCUGUAUUCACGGAGUGUACAAGCAACGUAGCCACCACCACCCUGUUCCUGCCCAUCUUUGCCUCCAUGUCACGCUCCAUUGGCCUCAACCCGCUGUACGUCAUGCUCCCCUGCACCCUGAGUGCGUCCUUUGCCUUCAUGUUGCCUGUGGCCACCCCACCUAACGCCAUCGUGUUUGCCUAUGGACACCUCAAGGUUUCUGACAUGGUGAAAACAGGAAUGAUGAUGAACAUAAUUGGAGUCUUCUGUGUGUUUCUGGCGGUCAACACCUGGGGACGGAUCAUAUUUGACCUGGACAGUUUUCCUGACUGGGCUAAUGUGACUCAUAUUGAGACUUAGGAAGAGCCACGAGAGCAUAACACAGCCCCUGUCUUCCUGAGGACUCCUGAAGCUUCUGGCAAACCGUACAGCAGAGCUUUGGGAUUGACACCCCAAAGUGACCUGAUGAUGUCCUCACCCUACAGAGACCCAGGCCCAGGUCCUAGCCAGGGGACAGGUGGCAGAGGGCAGGUUUGGAAAUUAAGGGAGACUCCUAAGACACAGAUGGCUUCCAUCUUUCCGGGACCAUGCCACAAACUCUGGGGUGGGCAGCCUACACACUGGGUUCUGAUGUCUACUUGCUUAGUCUCAGGGUCAUCUAAAUGGGAAUCAGAUCCCAGCUUGGGAGGUGAAAAAUGACCUUCCAGAGCCUGCACCUCUUGCUGCUGACCUUGAGCUGCCUCAGAUCACUCCUGUCACUUGGAAGGGACAACCCAGCCCAGGGACAGAAUGUCUGGUCCUGGAAGCUUCCUGCUCCUGGAGUGAGAGUGGGACUCAGAGCCUCCUGGAACCACCAGGAGUAUAACGCCAACACCCAAGGAUGCAGGAUUUGAACUGAUAACUUCCGGAUGACGUCACCCAUGGUACAUCACGGGCCAACCAGCUCCCCUCCUUACCUUGCUCCAUUGGACUGACAGUUCAGAGCCCUUUCACAGCUCUCUAGAGCACCUCCUUUACCUCCUAGGUCCCUUCGUUGUCUGGGCCAACAUUCACUGGGAUCUCCUUGCUGGGACCCUCUGACACCCCCUGUUCUCCCAGGCAGCUCAGCUUGGCUUUUCUGGGAGUGGGUCUUCCUGCCACCCCACACCGUUGGGAUCACACUCCAGGUAUGGGAAAGGUGGCUUCUUUGGGAACACAGUUGGAUAUCUAGGUCCCCCCUCACCUGAAGGCACAGAGUGGAUACAGCUGUGAACUGCCUAAAGCAGUGUUCCUUUGGAGUUUGUCCUUCUAGAGUUGGAGCUCCCCUGGGGAAAGCCUUCCUUUUGCUGUCUGGCCUUCGCAGCCAUGUCUGGAGGGGACAGAGCAUCGUUGAGAAUGAGCAGUGCUUGGUGGUCCCUGAGCAGACAGCCCCUGCCAUGAGUGAACCUGUAUGAAAUUGCUGGAGCAAAGACCUCAGAAAGACUGUGGGAACCCUCAGAACCCCUGUGAGUGAGACAUGAGAGAUGUCCAUCCCUUUGCCUAACAGUCCCAUUUUCUUUCCUUGUGCUGCUGUGGGAGAAAGGCCAAAGCAGAUAAGUGAGGUCCAUUGAUGGCAUAUUUCAAGGCGGGAGAAAGUAUGGGAACCCAAGGAAAAGUCCUCAUAGGCAGAGCAUGUGCCUGGUUCCUUGGGUGGGCGGAUUCUUGGCCACCACAUCUGCCUCCCAUAAAAAAGUGCCCGGUGCUGACGGACUGGCAUCGGAGGGAGAGGAGGGGCAGGCAGAUGAAUGAAUACUUAUCGUCGCCCACCUCCUGUCAAGCUCCCUGUACCUGGUGCAGCCACCACUUAUCUCAUUUGACCUUAUCUCACCCACCAUGUAUCUCAGCAGCCCUGUGAGAUAGGCAGGUGAUAGUAUCCUUGUUUGUCUUUUAAGAACCUGAGGAUCUGAGAAACCACAUCUCCUGUCACACA